CAAGUCACUAGGCGUCCGAGCUCCCUCCCCAGCCGCAGCCUCAGCGGGGGGAGCAGGAGCAGCCUAGGAGCGGCCGGCGCCCGCCCGCUCAGGGGAGUUGGGGAUCGCAGGGGCUUGUUUUCGGCUCUGAAGAGGUCCCCGCCCAACCUUCAAAAUUUUGUCCAAAAGCAGACAGGAGGAUCGCCCCGCGCUGAGCCGGCUGGUGGGCAGCAGGAGGCGCCUGAUCGCCGCCGGGGCGCUGGGGGUGGUGAUGGUGCUGCUGCUGGUCAUCCUCAUCCCGGUGCUGGUGAGCUCGGCCGGCACGUCGGCGCACUACGAGAUGCUAGGCACCUGCCGCAUGGUCUGCGACCCCUACGGGGGCACCAAGGCACCCAGCACGGCCGCCACGCCCGACCGCGGCCUCAUGCAGUCCCUGCCCACCUUCAUCCAGGGCCCCAAAGGCGAGGCCGGCAGGCCCGGGAAGGCAGGCCCGCGUGGGCCCCCCGGUGAGCCUGGGCCACCGGGUCCCGUGGGCCCGCCGGGCGAAAAGGGCGAGCCCGGCCGCCAAGGCCUGCCGGGUCCGCCGGGGGCGCCCGGUCUGAACGCGGCCGGGGCCAUCAGCGCGGCCACCUACAGCACGGUGCCCAAGAUCGCCUUCUACGCUGGCCUCAAGCGGCAGCACGAAGGCUACGAGGUGCUCAAGUUCGACGACGUAGUCACCAACCUCGGUAACCACUACGAUCCCACCACGGGCAAGUUCACGUGCUCUAUCCCGGGCAUCUACUUCUUCACCUACCACGUCCUGAUGCGCGGUGGGGACGGCACCAGCAUGUGGGCUGAUCUUUGCAAAAACAACCAGGUGCGUGCUAGUGCGAUCGCCCAGGAUGCUGAUCAGAAUUACGACUAUGCCAGUAACAGUGUAGUCCUUCAUUUGGAGCCAGGAGACGAAGUCUACAUCAAAUUAGAUGGUGGGAAAGCCCAUGGAGGAAACAACAACAAAUACAGCACAUUUUCUGGAUUUAUCAUUUAUGCUGACUGAUCAUGUAGAAACUGAGCUUACUGUUCUGAGUUUGGACACUGGAUUCGUAUGGCUUACAUCAGUGAAUCAAGGAUCCCAGGGGAAUGCCAGUUGUGGGGCCCCUCAAAUGUAUUUAAGUGGGGGAUUCAAAUGCUACCUGACUCACAUCUGUAUUCUCAGAAACAUUAUGUAAAAAAAUAUUAAAAGCAAGAUAAGCAGAUGUGUGAUCCACUACCGCCAAAGCAAAUACUCCUUAUUGUUAGUGUCCAUGUGAAUGAAGUCCUAUAUAGAUAACAAAUUUUUAUAGAAAAAUCUAAGACACGAAUUAUUUCUUCAGUAUAUAUGAUACUUUGGUGUACCGUGAUCCUGCUGCUCUUACCCAUGUCAGCUUUGGUUCUUGUGAGUGUACCGCUUAUUAUGAUUCUCGGAGCUCAUUCCUAGUGUGGGGAGGAAUGAUUUUACCCUGCAGGAGAAGGUCUAAUUGAAACAAUGCUGCUUGUCCCCAAAGAAAUUGUUUGCCUUGUACUCUUGUGAACUUUAGAGCUAGACCUGGGAAUGAUUCAACUUCAAGCCUUAACCUGGAAUUUUCUGGAUUUGAGCAAAUUCCCAAGCCUAUGGUCAUUUUCCCAUUUUCUUUUUCUUAUGGAUUUUCUUUUCUCUUUUCUGGUGAUAGUCUUUAAAAAUAGAGAUUGAAAUUGUAUCAUAGGUUGACCCUGUAAGUGUGAAAAUGUGUAAUAUGUAUGGUAUUAGAAAAUCCCCUAAGUGUCCAUUUUGUCAAUAGAAUGUGUUUAGAUUUACUAGGAAAGUCAGAGAAAUGUAUUCUUUGGUGUUAAAUCAGACUGAGGUUGUUUGCCUUCUUUGGAACAAAAGAUUAUUCAUAACCUAAUACACGAAACUUUAAUUUGAGCUACUGCAUGCAUCACCAAGGGGACUCUAAGGAAGGCCUUCAAAGAGUUACUGUAAGUUGUGGCCUGAGGUUAUUUCAAAAUGAACAAUUUCACAUAUAACCAGUAUGACAACAGAGUGUAUAUAUUUUAUAGAAAUACCUGCCGUGUGUGUAUGUAUAUAUGUACACAUAUAUACACACACACAUAUAGAUGAAUAGAUAUAUAUAUGGCUUCAGACCAUAGGCACAGUGGCUGGUAUAGCUUCAAAUUUUUAAUUAAAAAAAUAUAUGUGUAUGCAUACACACAAACAUAUAAAUUAUCUGACUUAUUUUGGAUUGAAAUAUAUUUUGGAUGACAAAAAUAUAUGGAAUAGCAAAAUAAUUUAAAUGACUUCUCUUUUAAGAGUUAUCCAGAAAAUUGAAUUGUAUGCGGUCCUAGGCAUCACGUGUCUGUAAAUUAAGCCUAUGGCUGCUCUGUUACCCCUGCCAAUCGAUACUUUUCACUGCGUUCUGUGGCAGACUGUUAAUAUUAGGAUUGCUGAAACAAAGUGGCUCUCCUUUGUAGUGUUUAUGAAUUAUACGCAUUUGAAUUAUCAAUUUUUUUUCUCAGGUGGAUUGAAGCUGACAGUAAAGUAGAUUUUGAAAGCGGUGCAAAUCCUUUCCCUCUAUUUAAAACACACUGCCAAAAGCCAUCUCCUUAAAACUAAGAAAAAGAUCAACAAAAAUGCGUGUUGAUACAUCCUGACUAUCAGACAACUUCCACUGUUACAAUGAAAAAUCUGUUCCCCUCUCAGCUGCCUUUGAAGACUCUUUAACAAGUAGACUUCAAAAACAGAUUUAAAAAUCUAUUUGUUUUUCUGGUAAAGGACAUUUGCAUUUUUUUCAUUUAAAGGAAUUAAUUUGUUCUUCUGGCUCUUUCCUCUUGGGUACUUUAUGUU